AUGGACGCCCCGCGCCUCGCUAGAGGGGCUCUCGCCGUCGGCGACGCCGCGAUCCUGGAAUGGGCGGCGGUGCGGGCGGCGGCCAAGGCGGGCGCUCCGCGGCGCACCGUCGCGGCCGUGGCGCGUUCGGCGGUGUCCGCCGCGGCUUUCGCCAGGGCGUCGACGCCCUCCUGCCGCCCGCGGCGGCGGGCGGCGCGGCAGGGCCUCGCGACGAUCGUGGACGGCCUGCUGGCGUCGCUGGCGCUGCUGGUGCGGCGACGGCGGCGGACCGACGAGCCUGAGCGCGCGGCGGAGGGCGCCGCCGCGGCGUCCCACGACGACAACGACGACGAUUCGAUGGACGACGGGUGGGCCGACGUAGGGCAGCCCGCGGCGGCGCGGCCCAGGGAGGCGACGCCAGCUGGUGCUGCCGACGCGGACCCUGGCGGUGCAGCGGGCGGCUCGGCGGAGGGCUGCGCGGAGUCCGCGGGCGUCGCGGCCUCGGGGACGGCGGGAGCGGCGGCGGCGCCUACUGGCGCGGGGGGCGCGGCCUCCGCGUCGCCUGCGGCGGCGGGCGCGGCUGCCACGGACGCCGAGCGGGGUCGCCUGGAGCUGGAGCUCCAGAGGGCCACACAGGCGCUCGGCUACCUCGAGGGCUGCGCGAGCGGCGCGGACGUGGUGGCGGCGCUCCGCGAGCGCUGCCGCGACCUGCGCGCGCUGCUCGUGCAGCUCUGUUCAGGAGGCGCGACCGCGAUUAAUCAGACGCGUCAUUGGCGCCGGGCUAAAAUCAUCUUACACUCGCCGGCCACCGUGAUGUCAGUGGCCCAAGCUUUGUUCUACAACGCGAAUCCAGUCGACAUGGGCCCGCAGUGGGUCAAGAUCCCGAUCGGCGGCAGCUACCAGUACCCGUCCACGACUUCGCCCGCGUCGCCCUUGCGGGCUACCCCCGCGGGGGAGUGGUGCGAGGACCCACAUCCAGGCUACACGACGCGCGACAGGACGAACCUGGAAACCCUGAUCAAGCGGCACAUCCACGGCCUCGGCGCCCGCAGCGCGCCACCCGCGGAAGAGGUGCCCGCGCCGCGGGGCCUCGCGCGAGACUCCGAGCUGCUGCAGGAGAUGCCCCAGGCGCCCGACACGGGCGCUGCCCUGGCUGCCCCCCUGACGCCGACCGUGGACCUGCUUGGCCAGGACGGACCGCUCGCGUCGCCCCCUGAGCAGGCGCAUCCUCGCCGUCAGAAAGUGAGCUUGCUCUCGAGCAUCUCGUUUGGCUCUAGCGUGCACCCGAUCUCCUACGCCGAACAGUGCAAGUUCACGUCCGCGAAGCUUCGGGGGUGUAGAGAUGGACAGGCCCUUGACAGGUGCUGCUGGUACGCGCGGCCGUGUGGCAGCUGGUGCCAGAACGGCGCGGACGGGGCCGCUGGAAUGGAUGUCCCAGCGUGCGACGGCGCGCCAGCGCCGACACCAGGCGGGCGAGCGCGGGCGGUGCGGCACCGUGCGGGCGAGGCGCCUCGUCCGCCCGCGCCCGCGGGCAGGAUGGCCCCGCGUGCGCCGGGGGCGUGCUCGCCGCCGACGGCGGCCGCGGGGCGCGGGCCGGAGCCGGGAGGUGCGGCGGCGGGAGGCGGCGUGGCCGAGUGGACGAGGGAGGAGCUGGAGAAAAUGUCGCUGGGCUCGGUCAUCCGCUACCAACAGACAGUCGACCCGCAUAGUUAGGAUGAUUGGCGACCUUCCAGGAUUGCUCUGGCAUCCUUCCCCUUCGGCCCAUCCCUGGCAACUUUUGCUGGCCGCGCCCCGCUCGCAAAUUGUCGACAUGGCCUUCCAAAGCCCUUGCAUCCUAAUCGUUCGUCCGUAUUGUACGGGUUGACUGUACACAGACACCCACUGAUGGAUUUUUCCUGAGCAUCAGGGGAGGGCGGCGGCGUACGAGUCGCCAUUGGGCGCCAACGACUUUAUACGCCGCCGCCCUUCCUGAAGGUGCAUGCAGCAUGCAAAAUUCAUCGGAGGGCGCUAGUGCAUAUGUUCCCGUGGCGCAGGUCAAUCACCCACACGGCUGCGCCGGGGGGUGCAAGUACUUCCACAAGCCCCGGGGCUGCAAGGACGGCGCGUCCUGCAGCCGCUGCCACGCGUGCCGGUACUUGCGCAAAGAGCCGCCGCGGGCCGCGCGGUGCGGGGCGCCGGCGGCCGCGGCCACCCCCUAUUUGGGCGCGGCGGCGGACGCGGCGGCGCGUGGCGCGGUGGCAGAGGCUGGCGGCGCCGCGUGAGUCUCGAGCAGAUGCUCGAGCGGGCGGCACUGAGAGCUCCUCCGUCUCCCCCUCAUCCUCCC